UGCUUUAUAAUCCCGCAUGGUUUCACAGUUUUUACGCGUUCAAUCCUUUUUACGCAAACCCUUCAAGGAAAACACCUGGGAUGGAAAAACUUUCUCUGCCUCCUCUGGACUGUAGUAAAAACUCCCAAGAAAGAAUGAAGUAACCGCUAUGGAGCCGGACAAUGCCCCGUACUCCAAACUCAAAAGCACUGGAGUCGGGGGGAAAGUUCUGAUUCUUUGGACUAUACUCUGUUGCACCUGCUCUCUAAGGCUAGCACAAGCACAAGAUGUGGAUAUUCUGCAGCAGCUUGGGCUUUCUGGGCGAAGAGCCGGCGGGUCUUCAUCCUCAGGCGCUCGAUCCAUCCCCAACGGCAUCAUCCCCUUCAAGUCCGGAGUCAUCCUCACCCCGAGGGCUCGUAUCCAGGCGCCUCUGCACACUGUCAUCCCUGCUAGCUUCAACACCACCAGCCUCUCCUUGAUCCUCAGCCUCUCUGUUCACCGCACCAACAACGCCUUCCUUUUCUCGGUGCUGUCCAAGAAAAGGAAAGUGCAGCUCGGAGUGCAGUUUGCACCGGGGAAGCUCCUGGUGCACGUGGGACCGAGGAGCUCUGUGAGUUUUGACUAUGAAGUCUACGAUGGCCGCUGGCAUAGUUUGGCUUUGGAUAUUCGAGGACAUCGGGUGUUCUUGCACACAUCUUGCGGUAGGGAAAGCGUGCAUGCGGAUUUGUUUUCCAAAAAAGAGGAGGGCCUGGAUCCGGAGGGCUCUUUCCUGCUGGGCAAAAUGAACCACAACUCGGUGCCAUUCGAAGGUGCCAUCUGUCAGUUUGACAUUUAUCCCUCUGCUGAGGCAGCUCAUAACUAUUGUGAUUACAUUAAGAAACAGUGUAGAGAAGCCGACACGUAUCGGCCCGUGCUUCCACCCCUGCUACCUCUGAUUUCCACAGAUCCCAACAUUACUGUUGUAACUCCACUGUCGCUGACGGAGAUUUCCAAAAAGGCUCAGGCACCUACUUUGGCCUCCAACACCAGGACUACAAUUCUUGUUCCAACCGAUCGCUCGCUGAUGUUGAAUGAAACAUCUGCGUAUCAGAUCGUGAGCACUCCGAAACCUGGUGCCGUGUCCGUAUCUCCGCCGGUUCAUCCGGGGUUGGAAAGCCCGUCUAAGUUUCCAACUCAGACUGUUACUACGUCUCUUAGGAUCAGCGUGACUCCACCAAACCCCGAGCCACAUCCACACGCCAGAAAGAACACAGAGCAGGGGGAUGCUAGCCGUCCGACGCCUUCUGGGAAACGUUUACCUGUUUCCAGCGGACCAUCGGAGGUGAAGCCAAACCUCCAGACCACGGAUGCUUCCACACAGGGGUCUCCUUCCAACACCUACGCUCCCCAUAAAAAGCAGCUAACCACAGUAGCUCCAAAGAAACCUGAGCCAAAAGUGACCAGUGUGCAGGAUGUCAAACCCACCUCGCUUGUUCCAGUCACCCCAGCUGCCACAGAUGGCUUCCAAACAUUUGACCUGGAGCCGACUCAGUUCUCGCUGCUCGCUGGACUACCUGGACUAAAGGGAGAACCAGGACCGCCGGGCCUUCAAGGACUUCCAGGGUUGCCAGGAAAGCCAGGCAAGAGGGGCCCACGGGGUCCUCCCGGCCCACAUGGAAAUCCUGGCCGCCCCGGACUGCCUGGAGCGAAGGGUCACAAAGGAGAUCCUGGACUGUCCCUUGGUCAAGCCCCGAAAGGACAAAAAGGAGAGCCUGGAGUCGCGGGCCCUCCUGGACUGCCUGGCCAAGAUGGACGAAAGGGACAAAAAGGUCAUCCUGGUCCUUGUGGUCUCCCAGGUGAACCUGGUGAACGGGGAGAUGAUGGAAGCCCUGGGGCCAAAGGCUAUCCUGGCAGGCAGGGUUUACCUGGGCCUGUAGGAAAGAUGGGGCCAAAGGGAGUCAGGGGUCACAUUGGCAUCCCUGGGCUCUUUGGCUUUCCCGGUCCUGAUGGCGAGAGAGGAAUUCCUGGCGUUCAUGGGAAGAAGGGCAAGAUGGGUAGGCCGGGGUUUCCUGGUGACUUUGGAGAGAGGGGACCUCCUGGCCCUGAUGGGAACCCAGGUGAACUGGGAGCUCCUGGUCCAUGUGGAGUAACUGGUCUCAUUGGAGACAUGGGCCCUGUUGGCAUUAUGGGCUUAUCAGGACCACCAGGACUCAAGGGAGUUCCUGGAAACGCAGGGGAACCAGGACUGAAAGGUGAUAAGGGGGAUGUUGGCAUACCAGGAGAGCCGGGGGAGUGUGGCUACCAAGGGGACAAGGGCAACCGUGGCUCACCUGGGUUGACGGGUCCUUGUGGAAAUACUGGACCACAGGGCAAACCUGGUGAAAAGGGCCCUGAUGGUUUACCUGGUCCUCCUGGCCCAGAGGGCUUUCCAGGUGACAUCGGUCCACCAGGACAAAAUGGACCUGAAGGACCCAAGGGAAAGCAAGGGACAAGAGGUUUGCCAGGUCCAAGAGGAGCACUCGGCCUUCAGGGUGAUGAGGGACCAGUUGGGCCAGCUGGACCCGCUGGACUCGAGGGCAGGCCUGGGAGGCAGGGAUUCCCUGGACUGACAGGCCCAGAUGGACUCAAGGGCGAGACCGGGAUAACUGGCGAGGUCGGAAAGCUUGGCGAGAGGGGACUGCCUGGUUUCAUCGGGCCUGCUGGAGAGAUGGGCAUCGCUGGAGAAAAGGGGGAUCGAGGGAAAACAGGCGUCCCCGGACCGCCAGGUGAACCAGGGCCGAUGGGUCACACAGGAAUACCUGGAGAGAUGGGGCUACCUGGACCGCAAGGGAUCCCAGGGCCUCCUGGUUCACGGGGAUCUAUCGGCAUCAGAGGACCCAAAGGCAGGAGGGGUCCGAGGGGUCCGGAUGGCCCGGUGGGGGAGAAAGGGUCGGUGGGAGUAAAGGGCCCUGAUGGUCCACCAGGAAAAUUGGGCCUCCCUGGGGAGAUGGGGAAGCUCGGUGAGCCGGGUGAAGCUGGGCCUCAGGGAUUUCCAGGUGUUCAGGGGCCCUCAGGACCGCCAGGAGCCAAAGGAUUCGCUGGAGAGCCAGGACCAGCGGGGCCACCAGGAACGAUUGGGCCACUGGGGGAGAUGGGAGCGGCGGGGCUGCCGGGAAAGACUGGAGACAGAGGGAUGCCUGGUGAAGCUGGAGAGAAGGGUGCCGUUGGUCCGCCCGGCAGCGUCGGCGAGCAGGGUCUGAUCGGCCAGAGAGGGGAGCCAGGCAUUGAUGGGGAGGCUGGGGCGAGCGGACCUGAUGGAGCCAAGGGUGAGAAGGGGGAUGCUGGUCCAGAGGGCGCUAAAGGAGACAGGGGUGAAAUUGGCCUGAAAGGAAAGGAAGGACUACCUGGGGUUCCCGGACUGGUGGGGGUGAGGGGUCAGGAGGGUAAACCUGGCAAAAUUGGGGAAAGAGGAAAGCCGGGAGAAAAGGGGACCAAAGGUCACCAAGGUCAUCUGGGUGAGACGGGGCCAAUCGGCGAUCGGGGAGAGCCGGGAUUCGUCGGGCAGAAGGGAGCGAGGGGAACCAUCGGGCCGGUGGGUGCUCCGGGAAGAAUGGGCCAACAAGGAGAUCCUGGCAUAUCCGGUUACCAGGGUCACAUGGGACCACUGGGCCCGCUGGGACCUCCGGGGUCAAAAGGUGAAAAGGGUGAACAGGGAGACGACGGCAAGGUAGAAGGUCCUCCGGGUCCCCAAGGUGACAGAGGUCCACCUGGAGACAGAGGAGAGAGAGGAGAGCCUGGUGACCUCGGAUACAUCGGUCAAAUGGGUGUGGAUGGAGCCAGAGGUGAAGCUGGAGCCCCGGGGCUUCCUGGACAUCCUGGGCCAAAGGGACAAGCUGGGCUGAGAGGAUCCAAAGGUGAUCAAGGUCAGAAAGGAAAAUCAGGGCCAACAGGUGCAUCCGGGAGCAAAGGACCACCAGGUCCAGAGGGUCCUCCUGGCCCACGUGGGGUUGUGGGCAGGGAGGGACUUGAGGGUCCACCUGGAAUGGACGGUCUACCUGGUAAAGAUGGAAGCAAAGGACUCAAGGGGGAGCAAGGAGAAGAUGGAGAUGUGGGUUUACUCGGAAAACCUGGCCAACGGGGUAAAAAUGGCGUGACGGGGCUUCCUGGAAGUCAAGGCUACUUUGGUCCAAAGGGCGAGAGAGGUCUGCCAGGCCAAACUGGUCCAGCAGGGAAGAGAGGCUCCAUUGGCGGGAUGGGAUUGCCUGGAAAACAAGGAGAUCAGGGAGCUAAAGGGCAACUGGGGGAUACUGGUGAACAAGGAUUUCCGGGGGUGUUGGGUCUGUUUGGACCAAAGGGACCUCCAGGAGACAUUGGCCCAGCAGGGAUCCAGGGACCAAAAGGACCGCGAGGUUUGAUGGGUAUGGAGGGAGCUCUGGGCCCCGUUGGCAUCAUUGGCCCCAGCGGUCAUCCUGGACCCCAGGGUGACAAAGGAAGUCGGGGGGAGACGGGGUUGCAAGGACCAAGAGGAUUUCCUGGCCCUCGUGGACCACCUGGACCACCGGGUCUUCCCAGUUCUGCCCUUUUACUUAGAAAUGAAGCUCUUGGUGCUGCUUUUCAAGUCAUUAUCGAUUCCCAUGCUGUACUGAGGCAAGAGAACUACCAGAGCAUGGACCUGCCCAUGCUGGACCAGGGCACAGAGAUCUUUAAAACCCUGCAGCAUCUCAGCACUCUGAUCCAGAGUCUUAAGAACCCGUUGGGUACCCGCGACAAUCCUGCCCGGAUCUGCCGAGACCUUUACAACUGCGAGCAGAGGAUGUACGAUGGCACUUACUGGAUUGAUCCAAACCUCGGCUGCGCUGCCGACACCAUCGAGGUGACGUGCAACUUCACCGGCGGAGGACAGACCUGCCUGAAACCGGUUACAGUCUCCAAGCUGGAAAUAGGAGUGGGCCGCAUCCAGAUGAACUUCAUCCACCUCUUGAGCACGGAGGCUGUGCAGCACGUCGUCAUCCACUGCCUCAACACGUCCGUGUGGGCAGCAGGACCCUCCCUGCAACCUUCACCCAGAGCAGUGAGCUUCAAGGCCUGGAGCGGGGAGAAGAUUCAGGCAGGAGACCUCCUGGAGCCGCUCAUACCCAGAGACGACUGCUGGAUCAAAGAUGGACGCUGGCACCAGACGCACUUCAUCUUCCAGAGCCAGGACCCAAACUUACUCCCCGUCGUGGACGUGUACAACCUGCCGACUGCGGAGCCCGGCUCGCGCUAUCACCUGGAGGUCGGACCUGUGUGCUUCCUGUAACGGCCCUGUGGAAGGGCCUGAACACUCCCUCAAAGGGGGGACUGCGUGGAAGAUUUUUGGAUUUUUUUUGGGAGGAGAGACUGACGCUCCUGUGGUUUUUCUGGAACAACAAACCUCUCCCUCCCUACUUUCUUUUCACAAAAUAUGCUCGGACUGCAGAAACAGGAGGGGCGCCAGAUAAAGACGGACCAUUGGGAUUGCAGAGAUAAGACUUCUGGCAUUAAUCAGCCUAUGGAAAACAAUCAUCAUAAGCUCCUUUUUUUUUGUUUUUUGGUGUUUUUUUUUAGAGACUUGCUCGAGAGCUGGAUGCCCCUUUUGGAAGGAAGUAAUAUGAGCGACUCUUUCAUCUCUUGGACCAUGUUGUAUCAUAUUUUCUUCACGGUCUGAUGGCAAAGAAAAAAAAAAAGUUUUUUAAGAGAUCUGUACAGAAAUAUGGAACAGUUACAUCUGCAAAUUCAACAACACCUAUUUUAAAUUUUUUUUAAGUAUUAUUUAUACAUGUAUAUGUACUGUAUAUUGUAAUAUAAAGUGCAAUAGUCAUUGUUUCACAGUCUUUAGGGAUACACGGUUUCAACUUCAAAUCACUCAUUCAGGUAUACAGUGUGCCUCAGACACACACGUACUGUCUCCAGGCGAGUCUUUUUUUUUUUUUGAGCCUCUACGAACUGUCUAGUGCUGAGAGACGCCAUGUUUAUAUCUUCACACGAACAACUGCUGUGUGGUGCUUUUCAUUGUUAAGAUUUCGACAGUAUGAACUGAGAAAAGUGUCAAGAUGCUACCUCGUACUGCACCUCUCAUCUCACGGCGAACACACCUUCACCCGAUAAAAUCCAGAGGUGACACCCGGUGCUGCAACAGUUGACACUCGAACCAUAAACUCUCUCGUCUGUGCUUCAAAAGGGAAGACUGUAAAAUACGCAUGCAGGCCACGAUUUCUUAAAUUAUAUUUUCAAGGUAUUAUUUUAACACUUUCAAUAUUCUUUGUACGAGUCCGACACUAUAAGUUAAGUUUGUUUUUUUUUUUGUCAAAAAUGUAAAUGUAUAAUUAUGCAACCUUUUAUUAUCGGUGGAUUCUAUUUAAAGAUUAUUUAAAAUUCUGAUUAGUUCAAAAACCAGGCGUCCAAGUCGUGUUUUCAGUUCAUGUUUUUGGUGAUUUGGAGCUUUAAAGAUUACGGCGAAAAUAUGCAGCAAGGAUGGUUGGUCCCACCAAUCUGUAAACUCAGAGGAUUUCUUACACUACACAACACUAAACUACCACGGUACACAAGCUCACAGUGUUUGGUCUGUACAGGCAUUUUAUACAGCGUGAAUGAAGUCUUGAUGACUCAGCAGGUAAUUCAAUAAAAGUCUUGAAACCUC